UCCUGUAUCCCGGCAUGAAGGCAGCUGAUAAAAAAUGCUCUGUGCUGCUCUGUGUUUGUUGAUAAGCCCAAAGAAAGUCAAAAGUAAGAUUUGCCCCCUCAAAUCAACCACGGCUCCUUCCCUUAUAAUUCACAUACAACCAUCGCUCACACGGAGGUCCUCAUUCACAUUGUCAUCUGACCCCUGACAUUUCCAUCAGGGCUGGGAGGGCCAACAUGAUAAGUUUCCGCCCUUUGUUAGCUGUGCCAUUCCUUGUUCCAAGGUUUCAGUGAAAGAAACGAGACAAGGCAGGUUGCAAGAACAGCCUGAUUUGAAGAUCAGAGAGGUUUCAAGAAGUUUGAGAAGAACUGAAGAUGCUAACGACACUCUUACUACUUUGUGGGUCUGUUGGGCUGCUGAAAUCAGACCCACAUUCAAGGCAUCCUGGUUAUCACCAUCAGAGGCAAGGGCCAGAAGUUCCUCAGAUGCCUGCACCUCCACAACUAUCUUCUCCAGCGGAGGAAUUCUGGAGAAGAGAGUCCAUUCAAGAUGAAACUGAGGGAGAGAUGGAGGACUCUUACCAUGCAAGUCAUGAAUCCAGAAAUGAGAACUGGUGCUCCUCUGUUCAAUAUCGGACUGCCACGUAUGUUGCAGUUUGCAGGACAGAGAAAUACAUAAUCAGGUCCCAACAACCAUGUCCGAAUGGAACUCCAGACUGCCAGAAGAUCAUGUACAGAACAGCAUUGAAGCCAGUCUACAGGAUAAAAGAGAAAGUCAUAAGCUUUUUAGAGUGGAAGUGCUGCCCAGGUUAUGUAGGCAAGGAUUGUGAACAAUAUGAUCCAGCUCAGAAUCCAGUGAGUACCAGUCAGCCUGAACAUUGGGAAGAAGCAUUCUCAAACCACAGAGAUGUUGUAGAAGCCCAUCAAAGUCAUGAAGCACUGCUAGAAGACCUGCAGAAUGACAUUCACCAGACGGCAAACAAUUUGGGAAUCUUACAGAAAGUUCUUCAUCACAAUAGCACCAACAGAAAUGGAGGCACAGACCAGCACCAGUCAGAAGUCCAGCAAAUGCUCUUUCUCCACAUAAACAAUUUCUUAAAGGAGCAUUUCAAUCCUGUCUGGGCCAGUUUCAAUAAAAGUCUUCAGGACCUGUCCCUUGCUGUGCAGAACCUUUCCCACAGUGUGGAAGCAAAUCGGAAGAGCAUAGAGCGAUUCCAAGAAAGUUCUGUGCCCAGAAAAGAUUUCCAAGAACUAGGAACAAAGUUUGAAUCCAAAGUCCAAGCAAAUGUUCUGAGGGCUGACCAGAUGAAGCGAGAAAUGGAUCAUCACAACUACCUGCAACAAGCUGCCAUCCAUUACAAUCUUACGAUGAUCAAAGCAGACACGGACCUGAAGCUCAAGAGACACCACAAACUGCAGCAGUCUGUUUUAUUAGCUUUAAAUAACAGUUUGGCUGACAUGAGACAAGAGCAAAAUAAGCUUCGUGGUGAGCUUGAGAUGCUAAACAGAAAUUUUGCAACGUUCCCAAGGCAAUUGGGCAAUCAAAAUGAGGUGUUUGCUGAUAUCGAUAUGCAGAGCUUUAAUCAGACCUUGGAAAAACAUGCUCGGGAGCUAAAGACACUUUAUGAGGAGUCUGAAAAAGACUAUGAAGAACUAACUGAUUCCAUCACAAGGUUAAAAGACAGCUCAAAACGUGACAUAGAGGACUUCCGAGUACGAUUAAUAGAAGGAAGUCUCAUGAUCGAUGAAUACAGAGAAGAUGUAGAAAGGAAGAUUUUUGCUCUUAAUAAUAGUCUGGCAGAUAUUCAAGAAAACUAUUGGCGUCUACAGAAGUCCAUGAAGACAUGCUGUUGUGAAGACCAGCCUUCAAGUACUAAUGUGGAAGACUUAAAGAACACCACUCAGAUGCAUGGAGAACAUCUAAAGCAUCUGGAGGCACGUUUAAAAGAUCUCACUGCUGCUUUCCCACUUAUCCAUCAAUCUUUGGAUUUCCAGCAAGAACAAAGCUGGAAGCUACAAGAUGGCCUGUCUCUCUUAAAAAACCAUUCUGAAGUUUUUUCUGAGGAGGUUGAUAUGCUAAAAAAAGCCGAUGAAAAGAUGCAUGACCAUGUUACAUAUCUCAACAGUUCUUUCAAUUCAUUGCUGGUGGAUGCAUUGAGACACGAGAAGGCCCUUGAGAUCCUGCUUGGAGAGGAAAUUUUGGAACACCUAUCUGAAGAAGAGGUCCUUCCAUCCACAGAUCAAUUUCCAAUGAUGAACAUCAAAUUAAUUUCAGACCAUCUCAAGAAGCAGAGUAUGACACUAGAGUCUUUUAAGAAGAGAAUAGACUUUUUGGAGGCAGAUCAUGAAAAUAAUCCACAUGAGCAUAAAUUUUUGAAAGACCCUGAUACUGAGAAACAAAUAGACCUCAACCCCCAACAUGGUAGAGUAGAAUAUAUGGAGCCAAACCAUGAAGCUGUCAUGGAGGAUGCCUUAGAUAAUCCAGCAUACCAUGAUAUUACGACCCUAAAAAAAGAAAUUGGACACCUUACCAAAGAGAUGAAGAAAUUUGAAUUGCAAUGGGAUCAUAUACAUUCCUGCUGCAAUCAGACUGAGGCCAACCUAGGGGACCUCCUCAGCGUUUCAGUGAAGGAGGUGAAGGAAGAUCUUGUAUCAGCCCAAAAAAACUUUGAAGAACAUCUAGCGAUCUUUCAGAAAUUGUUUGGAAAUAGUAAGAAGUUGGCUGCCUCAAAUGUAAGCCUGGAUGUAGCAAAGCUUCAGUUGCUGAUGAGCAGAAAAACGAGGAAGCAACUUAAGGAGCAAGAGCAGCAAAACGUGAGGGACAAGAAAGAGGUCCAUGGACACAGGGAAGUUAUUUUGAAUGGAAGAAACAAGAUAAAUGCAGAGGCACUGGAGGCAGACUCAGCGGUGGCUUUUUAUGUGCAAUAUGCUGAAGAUAAAGGGGAGCCCUCUGUCUUCAACCGCACCUACCUUAACUAUGGAGGAGGUUACUCUCAUGAACACGGCUACUUCAAGGCCUCUCAUAACGGAGUUUACAUGGUGGCGGUUGGUGCUGAGUUUCCCCCAGGGCCUGCUUUGGGACAACUAGUUUUCAGCAAUGGCCACAGAAUGACUCUAAUAAACAACAAGAAGAGGAAAUCCAGCGGUGGUUAUACAACGGUCUUCGCCCUGGUGGAGCUGGAGAAGGGAGACUUGAUGUGGUUUGAACUGGUGCAAGGGGCUGCUGUGAGACAGAACACAGUUGGGCUUAGCAUGGCAGGAUUCCUCUUACUGAAAACCUGAGGAGGGAGAUAUUGGUGAUGUCAGGGGUCUUCCUGUGAGCGCAGUCAGUUUGAUAUUUCAAUGAACGACCUGUUUCCUCUGUGCUAGGACAUUAGCUCAGCAAUGCUUGCUAGAACAGGGCUCUCCAACCUUGGCAACUUUAAGCCUGGUGGACUACAACUCCCAGAAUACCCCAGCCAGCAUAGCCAGAUACCCAAAUAUCCAAAUACCCAGCCAGCAAAGCAAAGGUGGCUGGGGAAUUCUGAGAGUUGAAGUCCACCAGGCUUAAAGUCGCUAAGGUUGGGGACCCCUGUUCUAGAAGAACUUCAGUAGCUGCUUAGCCACAGCUCAAGUGAGGUAGAGUUGCAGAAGACAAUCUGUUUCUUCAACUGGUCAUGAUGCAGAUGCCUGUGACAUUUUUUUCCUUUGUUGUCCUCAACGUUCUUGUGUUGUCAGCCCCCACCCCCCCAGAAUUGUUGGAUAUGAGAUGGGUGGCAAAUAAGUUUUAUAAAUAAAAAUCUCAAGUCUGAUCCCCACACCCACAAUUUGCAGAGUCAGGCUAUGAAUAGGAAGAGAGAGUAAUGCUUCUAGUACCCAUCCAUGGAAAAAGCCAACUUUAUCCAAACAAACUACUUUGUAUAAUGGGUGUGGCUUGUUUCUUCCUGCAUCACCUAUAGCAGGGGUGUCAAACUCUUGGCAUCACGUUGUUGUCACGUGACUUUUCCCCCCUUUGCUAAACCAGGUGUGGGCAUGGCCAACGUAUGAUGCAUCCGGCCCGUGGGCCGCAAGUUUGACACCCCCGAUCUAUGGUCUACCUGGAGAUUUAGAAACUUAGUGCUUGUGAUAUUUUUUUUCUUUUGUCGUCCUCAACUUUUUUGUGUUGUCAGCUGCCCCAGAGUUGUUGGAUAUGAGAUGGGCAGCAAAUAAAUUUUAUAAAUAAAAUGUCAUGUCCGAUUCCAACACCCACAUUUGCAGAGCCAGGCUAUAGCUAAGAAGAGAGAGCAAUGCUUCUGGAACCCAUUCAUGGAAAAACCCAACUGUCAGGCCUGGAAACCAUAUUAGACUUUAGGGUUCCAGACGCUGCCACAUUUUUCCCCUGAGGGGAGGAAGGGGGGCUGAGGGGUAUGGUAACAUUCUUCAAGCGGUCAAGGUCGGAUGGUGUUCACAUCUGCAGGAAGAGUGGCAAGAAGAUAUUCGAAUGAACUGGGAGAACGUGGGACCAUGUGACCACCAAAGGGGUCAGGGGGGUGGGACUCUUGGGGUUUGUAUAACUGGGAAAAGAAUCCGGAAAUUCAGUUUUGGAAUUUCACUCAUCGUGUGCCAGUUUCCUCAUGCUAGUAAAGAACUCUGGAAAACAA